CAAAAGGCGCAAUUCACAAUAGGUUAUGGGCCCAGAUCACCGAAAGAUCGGGCGUGUAUUAAAGACAAUAAAAAAACCGUGGUAGAACUGGAAGUUAAUAUUUUGUUUGAUGCAAUUGCAAAUAAAUCGUGCACCAGUUAGAAAGUGGCGUGUAGCAAUUAAAACAAAAUGAGUGUGUCUCUGCAAAUUGAAAAAUUGGGGGAAGACAAUUACGAUGUGUGGUCUAUGUCCAUGCGUAGUGUAUUGAUCACAACGGAUUUGUGGACAUAUGUAAGUGGUAAAACCGAAAGGCCACAGGAGGAAGCAGCAGGAAUACGGGAACGCUUGGCACAGUGGGACAAGGCUGAUCAAAAGGCGUUGGCAUGUAUUAUAUUAAAUGUAAAAGCAACGCAGUUGAUGCACAUAAAGUCGUGCACAACGUCGAAGCAGGCGUGGCAAAAAUUACGCCAUGUACAUGUGUCAGUGGGACCAGUGCGAAAGGUACAGUUAUACCAAAAACUUUUGCGGCAAAAUAUGCAAAACGGUGAUAACGUGGUACAAUAUGUAAAUUCUUUCGUGGAAAUUACUGAAAAGUUAGCCGAGCUAAAUAUCGACAUUCAAGACGAGCUAAAAGUAAUAAUGUUGUUGUCGAGCUUGCCCAGCGGUUGGGAAAAUUUCGUCGUGGCGAUAGAAACACGCGACAGUCUGCCGUCGUUCGAAACGGUAAAAGUAAAAAUACUUGAAGAAGGAGCACGUAAAGACGAAAGAGACGAUCGUGAGCUUGCUGUACAGGCAGUGUACGCACACACACAGACUCAAAGAAACGGUGCGCGUUCGAAGAAUUACGGCGCCAGUCGAAAAGACGGCAAACGAGACUGCCAGAAAUCCAACGAGCAUCGCGAGUUUCGAGGAAAAUGCUACAAAUGUAAACAAAGCGGGCACCGCGCAUCCGAGUGCAAAAGCAACAAAGAUAAUACGAAAGAGUGCGUAAGGGAUGAAAAAUUAUAG